AUUUCAACUUCUUAAAAAUAUGCCUUUUAACAAGAGGAGUGAUAAGGAGGAGCAGAUUGGUAAAACAACAGUACCUAAAAAGGCUGGUGCUUUAGAAGAGUUGCCAAGCGGAAAUAUGGAUAAAAUGCAGGUGUACAAGAGUGGAGCAACCAAACUCAAACUAGGAGAAGCUCUUCCUUAAAUUAGUCAUCUUUCACAAUUUGAUACAUGUGUUUUUAUCAAAUAACGCACUUCCUUAAUUUACUCAUCUGUUCACAAUUUGGUAAUAACUUUGAAUUUGAAAACUUACAGUGAUGUAAAAAACACACCAAGAAGGAAUCUAUUGGCGUUUAUCUAGUUACAAGUAUUGAUCCAAUACCUUUGGAGGCCUUCACUCUUCAAGGGAGCAUGUCUAAUGUUAUUGUCUAAUUCGUUUUGUCAUACAUUUUUUCUUAUUUUUUCUCUUUCAGGAGACAACAGACAAGCUGAGGAAGAAAGUGAGAAGCAAGUGAUUGCAAAGAAACAGAAGAUAGAGGAGGUUGUUCAGAAACAAAAGAAGGAAACAAAGCUGCAAAAGAAGAAGGAAAGCAAUUCUGACGAUUCUUCUUCUAAUGAGAAACCAGGUGCCAAGAAUGGAUUUGUAGCUGCAGCUUCAAGCUCUUCUGAUUCAUUUGGGGAGUCCUCUGACGAGAAUGAUGUGAGUAACACAUUUCAUCAUAUCUCAACUGGUGAAAGCCAACUCAAAUUAUUUGGUAUUUUUUGUUUGUUGAAAUAUUUACCAUUCCUCUUUUCUGGAUAUUGUUUUAUGGUUCCAAAAACCAAGGUGUGGUCCCUGCUGCAAGGAAAAAUAUAACAUCUUCUAACAAGAAAACUUAGCUUAGUGGAAGUUCUGAUCAGGACGAUGUAGGUUUUAAACCCAGUGUCACACCAAAUUGUUGUAUAUUUUAUUUGGAAUUAAAAGAAGAAAUUAUAUCAA